CACAGCGGAUGCGCACCGCAAAUGGUCAUAUCAUAGUUUGCCUUCAGAGAUAAACAUGUUCCAGGCACCAGCGUUGCUCGUGUAGUCAGACUUGAUUAGAUUUAACGUUUUCAUGUUUUCAGUCAUAUAAUCUUUGUUAGGGGAAAACACGGACGAACUCAAGGGGACAGUGAGCGAGUUUGCCGCCCAAGUUUGGAGACCAGACGCCGGCUGGAGAGCGCCUGGUGCGCGCUUUAAUUACAACCACAACAACAACAACACACCGGGGCGAUUAUUAAGAGGAUUUGAAGAUGAAUGUCACGGGCGUUUUUUGCAAAAACAACCAAACUGAGAACCUGACUGACCCGUUAUGUCUGAAUUCAACUCACUCAUCCUACAACUACAUCAACAUCACCACUUUCAUGCACAUAUUCCCUUCAAUUUAUGGCAUCCUGUGUUCAGUGGGAGUUAUAGCCAAUGGACUGGUCAUCUACGCAGUGAAAGCAUGCAAGAAGAAAAUGGUAUCAGACAUCUACGUGCUGAACUUGGCAAUAGCCGACAUGCUGUUCUUGCUUGUGAUGCCCUUCAACAUUCACCAGCUGGUCAGAGACAGACAGUGGGUCUUUGGAAACUUCAUGUGCAAAGCGGUCGUAGUGGUGGAUGUCAGCAACCAGUUUACCACAGUGGGAAUUGUUACUGUGUUGUGCAUUGACCGGUACAUAGCUAUUGUCCACCCCACGUCAGAGAAGAGGACCAUCCAGUGGACCAUCAUCAUCAAUCUGCUGGUGUGGCUGGGCAGCUUCCUCCUUACCGUCCCUGUCAUGCUGUACGCCAAGGUUGUGCGCAGACAGCAUUUGGAGGUGUGCAUGAUGUACCUGGACGGCCCUGAGGAUAUGUACUGGUACACUCUCUACCAGUCUAUCCUGGGCUUCAUCAUCCCUCUCAUCAUCAUCAGCACCUUCUACUCACUCACCCUCUACCACGUCUUCAGCUCUAUCCGCCGCGUCAAACGGAAGCAGUCGAUUUGGGCUAAAAGAGCCACAAAGAUGGUCCUGAUGGUUAUCGGCCUGUUCCUGAUCUGCUGGUCGCCCUACCACGUCAUUCAGGUGGUCAACCUGACCAACAACACCCCGACUAUUGCCUUCGUCUAUGCCUACAACAUCAGUAUCUGCCUCAGCUACUCCCACAGCUGCAUCAACCCGCUCAUGUUGCUCAUCUUCGCCCAGAAUUACCGUGAGCGUCUGUGCUCCAGGAACGCGCUGCACAGCUCCCAGCACUCAUCCAAGGGCACGGUGGUGAAAACGGAUGGUUCCAGUACGACCAAUGAGCCCAACUACCGCUGCACUGUCAUCUAAUCAGAGAGGUGGCUUUUUGUAUAUACUGUACACAUGUAAAUGUAAAUGCUGCUCGUCCCAAAAGGAUGUAGCUUGAUCAAUGGUGUCAUAUUCAGGUCAUAUUCUGCAGCUUUUUCCAAUU